AUGGCGACUCCAAAACCUGAUAACUAUCUGGAGCCGAAGGAGUUUCUUUGUCAGUUCUGCUAUAAGAAAUUCCUGACUUAUCAAGCCUUGGGUGGUGACCUGAAUGCUCACAAGAAGGAGCGGUCAGAAGCAAAGAAGCUGCAAGAGCAAAAUGGUUACCCCUACCCCUUUGUCUUCAGCCAUUCCUUCUACGUCAACUCGCUCGCCCCAACUACGCCCAAUGCCCCUCUCAAGGGCCCAACUGCCAUCAAGAGAGACCAUGCAGAUGAUUAUGCAAACUUCAUGGUCUGGCAGAGUUAG